CGUGUCCCUAUCAAGAGUACACUCCUUCAUCCUGGAAAUUGGUAUACCGUUCACACAAGACCUCAUGCAACGGCUGUUCAGCUCUAUCCGUAGACAGUUCUCAGAUUCGCCACUUUCCACGUUCAGAAUCAGCUGUGACAUCCCCCUUGAGACUACGGACGAUCCGAUAGUGCUUCUGUGCCCUCAGCAUUUACAGGAAUUGCUGAUCUUCCGUCACCUGGAGAAAGUCGACAUUAGCGGCCCUUGGUCUAUCCAGACCAACGAUAACAUCCUUCGACAGAUGGCUUUUGCGUGGCCUAAUCUGCGAAGGCUUUGUCUGUAUCACGAGUGUUACAUCUCCCAAGAUCAAGAGUUCAGUUCCAACGCCACACUCCAGGGGCUAAUGGGUUUCGCUCAGAACUGUUUGCAAUUGCAUUCGCUAUACAUUGAGCUGCACGCGGAUGGCUCAAUGCUCCCCGAGAUUGCAUUGCCACGACCGUCCCGAUGUCCUCUGCAGGACCUUGAGGUGUGCUGUUCGACGACAUCCUCCAAAACAGAAGUUGCUGCCUUUUUAUCGUAUCUCUUCCCGUCUUUGACAAAGAUCGAAGCCUCAUUCAAUGCCGAUUACGAGAUUGAAGACCGUCAGUGGAUGAAGGACUGGUCGGAUGUAGACAGGGCUGUGCACGCCAUGAAUUACCCGAACGAUACAGCUGCUGCAACUGUUCAACAUACAGCACGCAUGGACGAGGAGAUGUAGCGUCCAUCAGGUGCUAUAUAUACUCGCAACGUUCUCAAACGAUCAUUGCCCUUCAAUACCGCAGUGACUUCUCAAAACCCAACAUAUCACGAGCGUUCCGCCUCAUAAUGGCCAUUCAACUGGCCUGGGAGAAUCAGAUGCAUACAGCGCUAUAUAUAAAUCAUGAUGUACGGGAUUGGACCAAGACCUGUUCUAUUAUGCAUGGCU